AGUAAAAGGAGAAGGUGGUGAAAACCAGACAGAGGAUGAGAAAUGUGAAACUCAGAGUAAGACAGCAGAGGAAGGUGAUCCAGAGAAGAUGGAAGCCAACAUGUCCGACCAAACCCAGGCUGGAGACGCCGGCCCAGAGAUCACAGUAACCAAACAAACCGCUAACGUCUCGAGCACAGACAGUCAGGAUGAUGAGAAGAGCUCAGACGUAUCAGAAAAGGAAGAGAAAGUGGUUAAGAGAAGAGGACGUAAAAGAAAGCUCUCAAUAAAAAGCGAUGAUACUAAGGAUGAAAAGAGCGAGCUGCUGUCUGUAGAGGAAAGUGAGAAGCAGAUGGUGGUAGAGUUAAAAGCACCUCGCAGGGGACGGCCACAUAAAAGCACAGAGCAGGAUCCUCAGAAAGAACCUGAGAGAUCGGAGAAGACUCCGGGCCGUAGAGGAAGGCGCCCAGGAGGCGCAGCUAAAGGGGCAAAAGAUGAUAUUCAGAAGAAACAUGAGGCAGUGGCCGAGGACAGCUCUGGUCAAACUGAGACACUUGAAGAAGAAGACGGCAAAGAGGGCCCUGAGCAGCAAAGUGGAGCACAGGAAAACAAACAGAGUAAAAGUGAAGUUCAGCUGGUUUCUCCUGCUGCAGAGGAACAUAAAGACACUGAGAAGUCAGAUUUCCAGGAGAGCAGAGACACACGUCAGACGGGGAUGAAGAGGAAGAGAUCAGAAGAAGCAGAGGAGUCUGGAGAGGAAGUCGGGGCUGAGCAGGGGGGGGCAGAGAAUGAGCAAGAACAAAGUGAGGAACAAGAAGACAAAAUCAGUGGAUGCACCUCUUCUUCAAACCCUUCAGAAGAAGUGAAAGAAAAGAGUGGCAGUGAGACAAAGCCAGACAACUCUGAGGAGCAGCAGGACCAAGAGGCAACUCCUAAGAAACCGGCUCGGAGGGGACGACCACCGAAGGCUGCAACUGCAGCUGCGGCUGCUGCUGCUGCUGCUGCAGCUGACGACUCAGUAAAAAAGGAGAGUAAACCAGAUGAGAGGGAAAGUGGGCAAAAUGAUGAAGACGAAGAGGAAAGCAACAGUGAAGAAGAGGAGGGAAAGGAAGCUGCAACCAGAGCAACGACUCGGUCUGCAGCGCGUCUCGAAGCUCAAAGAAACAAGCCAAGUAAACCCUCCACCCGGGCAAGUCGACAGAGCGGUAAAGAGGAGACCACAGCUGGCACACGCGGGACGAGGGCCCAGGCUUCAGCCAAGGGGGGCCGUAAACGCGAGGCCAGCCCCCCUGCUGUGCGAACACGGGGAGGACAGAAAUCAGAGGAGCCCCCUUCGAAGAGAGCCAAACGCUGAGACCUCUGACAGCGGUGGAACGGCGCUCUCCCCCCAAUGUUGUUUUUACUCUACUUAUUCAGAGUUAGCAGUCAGUUGGCAUUUUGAAACUGUUGGUGCUUCAUUGACCGUCAGUAUUGAACGGCUCUGGAUAUUAUUAUUCACUCUGCUCUGAUGGCUGAGUGUAAACCAGGGGAUCUGUAAAGAACCCCUCAGAAUCCCCUCUGCUGCUCCGCGCCCAUAUGGUUCGGAUCACACUCAUCAUUCCGCGCUUUAUCCAGUAAUUCCCAGUGAACCGGAGCUUUUCAGACCAAUCAGAGGCCUAAUGUGCAGCCAGGCCAAGCUUUGAGAUAAAGAGGCAGAAUCAGAAAUCACUGUCAGUCAGCAGAGGGGCCACAUCUCAGCCUCAGACUUCUGUUACUUAAGUACACACUCGUAAAGGCUGUUAAUCUUUGUUGUUCUUUUGAUUUCCUAAUAUUCAUUCUGUGAAUGAAACUUUACCAUUUUGCUUCACCUUUUUGUCUUUAUAUCCACUGUAAUCUAGUUUUAAUGAAAGAGGAGUUUUAACUCUGUUUUCCUGUGGGCAUUUCUAACAUCGGUUGAUUUCUCAGUGGAAGCCAUUAGGUUGUUUUUAUUUUGUUAGUCCUGCUAAACGGAUUCAUUUCAUAAAUGUAAAUUAGUCAGUAAUCGAUCUGUUCUUUUUUCUGCAUCAGUAUUUUUUUUUCUCCAAUAAAAACAAUUUGUUUUGUUUUUCUAA